AUGGAAUCCCCUACCCAUCAUGACGAGGAACAACUCAACAUAGACCCAGCUGAGCCAUUCAAGGGUAUCAUUGUCUGCUGCACUAGUAUCCCUCCCGAAUACAGAGCCGACAUUGCCCAAAAGGUCUCUGACCUGGGGGGAGUCCACAAAUAUGACCUGACGCCGGACGUGACGCACCUGAUCGUUGGUGACUACGACACGCCCAAGUACCGCCAUGUGGCGCGCGAGCGACCGGACAUCCGCGCCAUGGAUGCCAGCUGGGUCGAGGCCGUGUCGCAGCUGUGGAAGGACGACGAGCCGAUCGAUUUUCUCAAGCUGGAGCGGGAGCACCAGCUGCGAGCGCUGGAGAUGAAGGGGUCCCUCCCGCGGACGCGCGACGCGGAGCCGCCGUCGCGGCAGUCGCUGCUCAUCUGCCUCACAGGCUUCGGGCACCAGCGGGACGAGAUCGUCGAGAAGAUCAUGGCGGGUGGCGGACGCCAUACCGACGACCUCACUAGGCGCUGCACGCACCUCAUCGUCAACAAGCCCGAGGGCAAGAAGUUCACGGCCGCCCGGUCGUGGAACAUCCGGGCCGUGACGCUGGCGUGGCUCGAGCAGAGCGUGCAGCGCGGCAUGAUACUCGAGGAGGAUAAGUUUGACCCACUGCUGCCCGUGGAGGAGCAAGGAGUGGGUGCUUGGGUGAAGCGGGACUUUCGGCGACCGUCGCUGGGCAAGCGGGCUCGGUCGACGGCGUCGGUGGGCGCGGAGGAGGGCACCCGUAAGCUGCGCAAGACAGCCAGCAUGAAGCUCAGUUCGCAGCGCAACAAUCUGUGGGGUGAUAUCCUGGGACGCUCAGACUCCAGAGACUACUCGUUCGUCAAGGAGAAUGAGAGACGGGCGGAUGAGGAGCCCACGCAGCCGAUCAAACAGGAGCAGGACGGCGACGGACCAGCAGCAACAAGAGAAGCAGCAGCAGCAGCAGCAGUGCCAGCCAAUCCGCGGGCAAUGCUGCAGUCAGAAAAGGAGGGCAUCUUCUCGGACUGCAUCUUCUACAUUCAUGGGUUCACGCAGCAGCGCACCACAGUGCUCUCGCAGACCAUCAUCGGGCUGGACGGGCUCGUGGCGCCGACGCUGCGGGAGGCGGCAGACAGCCAGGUAACGCACCGGUUCCUGAUUGUGCCGCAGACGUCACAGCCAGACGGGCACCCGUCGAUAGAGAAUACGGGGGUGCACAUCAUCACCGAGUUCUACGUGGAGAAGUGCAUGCACAACCGGCGCUUCUUCCCCCCGAGCGACCACCACGCGCUCGGCCGGCCCUUCCCCAUGUUCCCCAUCCCGGACUUUGCGUCCCUGACCAUCUGCACGGCCGCUUUUACCGGAAUCGAGCUGAGCCAGGUGGCCAGGAGCGUGGCGCAGCUGGGCGCCCGCUUCGAGGAGCAGUUCCGCCGGUCCACCAGCGUUCUGGUGGUGAGGUCGCUGGACGCCAUGCGCAAGGACAAGCUGCGUGCCGCGCUGGCCUGGGGCAUACCCGUCGUGUCGGCCGACUGGCUGUGGGAGUGCAUAUCGACGGGGUACAACGUGCCAACCGAGGAUUUUAUCUUUCCCGAGCUGCGAGGCCGGCUAGGCAAGCGCGUCACCACCACUGCUACUGCAGCAGCAGCAGCAGCAGCAGAAACGACAAGGAAAACAACGAAAACGAUAUCCCCUGAGAAGGUGGCGGCAGCCAAGGGACCCAUCGUCACCGGCGUCGACCCAACAGCCUUCGGCAAGGACGAUGACGAAGUCUUCAAGGUGCGGCAACCCACCACCAGCAAGCGCCUCCCCAUCCCGCAAGACGACUCAUCCAUAUCCGCCGACUUCAACACGGCAAGAACCCACGCGACCGCCCCGAGGAAACCGACAGCCUCGGCAUCAUCAGCCCCCGCCGACCCGCCCCUGCGACGCCUCUCCCCCUCAUCAGCCAACAAGUCCCCGUCACCGCCGAAGCAGAUCCCCCUCCCGGACCGAUCGACCUCGUUGCCAUCUCCAGUCGACGACAAGCAGAAGGAUGACGGGAAGCGCAGAGGAGAAGAAGGAGAGGAAGAGGAGGAAGCACGUCUCCGGGCCGCCAAGGCAGCCGAGCGCCAAGCCCUGACGACGAAGCUGACCACCCUCCUCGACGCGUCCGCCUCAUCAUCCAUCGAAGGGGCCGCCUCGACGGCACCACAGGCCGAAGACGCCUCCUCCGGCGCCAACCCACGACCACAGCGUAGACGUCAGAUCCUAGGCCGCGCCAUAAGCAACGCCUCUGCAGGUAGUGACGUCCACAGGCAACAGCAGGAUGAUGAUCAUGGGGAUGACGGUCGAGGUCAGGAGCAGGAGCAACCUCCUCCGGCUACGCAGAUUGGCUACCAUGAUCCUGAGGCGCAGAACCGUAAAGCAGCGCUUAUGGAUCGUAUGAUGGGUGGGAGCGGCGAGGUCAAGAGUGCGAGGUCUGCUUCUACGAGUGUGGUUGGGGUUGGUAGGUCCAUGAGGAAGAGGUAG